AUUUUAGAAAUAUUGAAAAUUAUUUGACGCCCCGAUUAACCUAUAACUUUUUUUAAAAUGAGACCAGUCGAAAUUUUGUGUUGCUUAUAAAGAAGAAGAGAUGAAAUUUAAUUCCAAGAGAGCUAUGGUUGAUAUGUUUCCUUCCUGAAGCAACGCCUUCAAACGCACUCCCUAUGGUAGAAAAAACGACUCCUGGUUCAAGCGAUCGAGGGCCGAAUUCAAAUCAUAAGUAUUAUCCGAAUCCAUAUCAAAAUUAUAAUCCAUGUGACUCUUAUUAUCGUCAUCCUCCUCAUCAACCCGGCCCUACAUAUCCUCAUAAUUACCAGAGCCCUUGUCCUUGUCAGUCACGGAACGUACCCUCCUUCUGCACGCAUGAAGUUGAGAACGAGAUUAAAAAGAGUGGAUGUUUCAAACUAUCAAUCGUCCUAUUUAUUCUUUUCGUUGUAUCCAUAAUCAUUACUUAUAAUUAUAUACGAGGUUUGUUAAGUCAGAGUAACACAAAUGUUUCUGGAAGGGCAAAUCAGACUUUCUCAUUAAAUCAGAAUCCUCAAUCGGCGGUCAUCGGCGCGCAGACACUUAGAAUCGGGAAGAGAGAUGCGUAUCAGAACUGUCCGGCGGAAUUUACUUAUUGCAAUAACGAAAUAAUCAAACCAAGUCCAUCAAGAGAGGAAGCCGAUUCGCCUCGGACGUCUUCUCCGGGGCAAAUAAUUUCGCGUCGAAAUGUAAUGGAUGGACGUCACAGGACUCAAAUCGAAAACGUUUCGGUUGAAACUUCCUUUGCUAAACCACCUAACUCCCAGGAACAUUCCUCGAAAAGUAAUAAAAAAAGCACGGGAACUCUGAUGACGGACGACGAAAAAAGCGCUUUUCUUCAAAAUCCAUAAAUUUUAGAUGGGAUUUUUCCACCGAGAACCAAGUUUCGAGAGACAAAAUUUUGAGUUCUGCAGUUUGGACAAAGAGAGCAAUAGAUGCGUGUGCGGAUUGCUCAUCUUAUUGUCAGUGGCAGCAAUUU